AUGAGAUGUGUUAGAACAGUGUCCUACUCUUAUAUUGUUAAUGGUGAUCCACAAGGUCAUGUUAUUCCUUCUAGAGGCUUAAGGCAGGGCAAUUCCAUAUCCCCCUACUUCUUUCUGCUAUGUGCUGAAGCAUUAUCCAAAAUGAUUUUGACUGCGGAAGAAGGAAAUGUAAUUCAUGGUGUUAAAAUAUGCCCAAGUGCACCUUCAAUAUCUCACUUCCUAUUCACAGAUGACGCCUUUAUUUUUUUCAAAGCUGAGAUCGAUGAAUGUUAUGCUCUAAAGGAGAUCUUUGAGCAGUAUGAGAGAGCCUCGGGUCAACUCAUCAGUUACCAGAAGAGUUCAGUCUCAUUUAGCAAGAAUGUGAAAAGAGACAAACAGAAUGAUCUUGCUGCAAUUUUGGAAGUGCUACGUGUGGACAAACAUGACAAAUAUUUAGGGUUACCUACGGAGCAAAGUUAUUCAAAGACCGAGGCUUUUAAUUUUCUCAAUGAGAGGAUUCGGAAGAGAACCCAAGGACGGCAAGAAAAAACUCUGAGUGCGGCAGGUAAGGAAGUUAUGGUGAAGGCGGUAGUGCAGUCAAUCCCAACAUAUGUAAUGAGUUGUUUUGAGCUUCCGAAGCACCUUUGUUUGGAAAUGCAUUGCCUCAUGGCUCGGUUUUGGUGGGGUGACAAGGUUGAUGACAAAAAGAUUCAUUGGCUAGCUUGGGAGAAGUUAUGUGUUCCCAAAUCUGAAGGAGGUCUAGGGUUCUGA